AUGACGGCACGCUUUGGGGCUCACCUGGUCUUGAAAGUGCUGAGAAACAGCGCCUCGACCCGCUACUUGGCCGCAGCUACGCCAGCCGACGACAGCACUACCUUCGAUAGCGGCGCAUCGCCUUCUUUUGACCCUGUCGACCCUCUCGACCGUAUCCUCGAGAUGCUCAGUCUGGACUCGGGCAUACUCCGAACCAAAUCUCCCCGCUCUUGCGCUAUCGCGGUCAAGCUAAAAGCCUUCAGGGAUACGGAGUCAAACCCCCACAGCGUCAAGUCCCUGAGUGACCCAGGGUCCAUGGAGUGA